AUGCCGUCGUCGCAGGGCCCAAUCCGCCUGACCGACGGGUCGACGAAGAUCGUCAUGGACAACAACAUUCUGUCAUUUCUUCACGACAUUGCCUAG